AGUGACGGAGAGAGAGAGAGAGAGAGAGAGAGAGAGAGGUGCCACUGUACAAAAAGGGAUCAAGGGAAUGUGACUUGGCGAGUGCCAGAACACUGGGGGUCUAGUGAAGAAGGCAGACGAGGACUAAACUGAAAGAGCGAGAGAGCACUAAUAAAGAUCUACUAAACUUAGAACUUUUAUUGUGGUGAGAGGGAGAGAGGGAGAGAGAGAGAGAGGCUUGCUGGCACCACAGUCUGGUUUCCUCUCAGUUGUGUGAGGAGAGCAGAAGAAGUGUAGAAGUGCCCAUCGCUGCUGAAACUUCUCUCACAGGAUCAAGUGCUUGUUCUUCAUUCAUCCACCCAACCUUCAGCCUGAGAGGAGAGGAGAGCCGCUUAGCCAUGAAGAGACCUCACGAUUACAGCUCUCCAGACUCGGACACAGACGAGCUGAUUGAUGUCGGACAGGAGGACAGUUACUGUCCUGUCACUGGGUCCAUGUCUCCAGGCAGUACCUCGCAGAUCCUAGCCCGAAAAAAGAGAAGAGGGAUCAUUGAGAAGAGGCGCAGGGACAGGAUCAACCACAGCCUGUCCGAGCUGAGAAGACUGGUGCCCAGUGCCUUUGAAAAACAGGGCUCAUCCAAACUGGAGAAGGCAGAGAUUCUUCAAAUGACAGUAGAUCACCUCAAACUGCUGCAUGCAGUGGGGGGAAAAGGUUACUUCGAUGCCCGUGCGCUGGCGGUGGACUACUGGACGCUGGGUUUUCGGGAGUGUGUGGGAGAAGUGGUGAGGUAUCUCAGCUCUCUGGAGGGCAUGGAGUCCACAGACCCCAUUGGAGCACGCCUGGUGUCCCACCUGAGUCACUGCGCCAGUGAGCUGGACCCUCUACACCAGAGCCCGGCUGCUCUGCCCUUCACCCCCUGGCCUUGGGGCUCCUUCCCACAGCUGAGCAGCCCCUCCAGCCCCACAGUCGCCACACCCCCCUUCGCUUCUGAUGGCCGCCGUGAUCUGGCUCCGCAUGCUGCCCUCUUGGCCUACCCUUCACCAGCCUUGCGAAUGGCUCCUCUGGGCCGCCAGGGGGCACUGUUGAGUCCAGCCAUAUCUUUAGUGCGCAGGUUGCCUUCUGUCCCGUCCCGCCCUCACAGACUGCCUGAGCCGCCUCAGGAGGGUCCAGCCGCCCCCACAUCUCUACACUCUGCCCCGCCCCCUCGCUCUUCCUCCUCACCCUCUUCCAUCUCCUCCUCUUCUCCCACCUCCUCCUCUGCCAGCCAUCCUCAGGUUUCCUUCAGACCCUUUGCUGCUCUGGGGUCUCCAACCCCAGUGCUCAGGGGCAUGGGUGGGUCCAGCAAGUCAGCGCAACCCUGGGGGACAGAGAUUGGGGCCUUCUGAUUCAAGCAAUGUAGCGGACUAUCAAAAGCAAUAGAGCAAUUGCUUGCCCAUCAGAACCAUGCAUUUAUGAUUGACCUGUCCAUGCUCUGCCCACAAAUGCAUUCUUUUGUAGCAACCAUUGCCAUUCAGAUCGUUGUUGUAGCUAAUCAAAGCUAGGGAAAUUGUAAAAGAAUUUGCCUUCAUGCUGAUGUUAGCUCAACUACAUCACAAAAACUACACCCAAUCUGUCAUAACAGUGUGACUUUCACAUGCAUACAAAAUAAUGUAAUUACAAAUUAUUCACACAUUGUAAAUUUACAUAUUCUGACAUUUUUUGUCAACUUGUUCAAUUUAAA